AUGCGUCCCUUCAAGGCGGCUUCACUGACGCCCUUGCUGGCGCUCUUUGCCACCGUUUCCUCCACUCUCGCCCUCCCAUCUACCGUCCUUGACAAGCAGCUGGAGGCGCGGAACAACGCUAUCACCCCGUCGUUCGACGUCACCUCCUGCCCAGGCUACCAGCUCGUUGGCUCCCCUAACUAUUCCGACCACGGCUUCACCGCCCAGCUCUCGCUCGCCGGUACCGCCUGCAAUGCGUACGGCGUCGACAUCCACAAUCUCACCCUCUCGGUCGUCUACGAAAAGAAGCACACGCUCCACGUCCACAUCUACGACACUGCUAAACAGCAGUAUCAGCUUCCCAACGGCCUGAUCUUUGACCGCGCUUCCUCGAACCCUGCCAACAUCCAGGAUGGCUCCACUGCGGAAGCGAGCGACUUGAUCUUCCACCACACGGCGGAGAACGGUACUCAGUCGGGCAGCUGGGCGUUCUGGAUCGCACGUCGUUCCACGGGCGAUGUCAUCUUCGACACGCGCUCCUCCAACAUCCCGACGUACGACAACGGUAUGAACAACGUUUCGAGCGAUACGAAGCGCAACAGCACCGCUAUGCCCAAGCACGAGCUCGUGUUCGAGAACCAGUACCUCCAGCUCUCGUCUGCCUUGCCGGAGGAUGCCAACAUUUAUGGGCUAGGCGAGUACGUGACGGGCAGUUUCCGUCGCAAUUCGGACGAGACGCUCCAACCAUUCUUCACGCUCGAUGCGGGCACGCCGGUGGACAGCAACAUGUACGGCUACCAUCCGGUCUACCUCGAGACGCGUCGAGGGAGCGAUGGCAGACUCGCCUCGCACUCGGUGAGCAUGCUCAACACCGCCGGUAUGGACGUGCUGCUCCGACGCGGCGUCGUGCAGUACCGUGCCAUCGGUGGCACCCUCGACCUUCGGUUUACUAGUGGUGACUACCAAGUGGACGGUUGUGUCAAGAACAGCCCCAAUACGGCCAUUCAGCAGUACGUCAACUUUGUCGGCAACCCGGUGCUCCAUCCUUACUGGUCGUUUGGAUUCCACCUCUGCCGAUGGGGCUACAACAACGUUUCCGAUACCCAAGCGAUUAUCGAUGCGAUGCGCGAGAAUGAGAUUCCGCUAGAGGUCCAGUGGAACGACAUCGACUACCUCCAGUCCUUCCGCGACUUCACCGUCGAUCCGCAGCGCUUCCCGCAGAGCGAGUUUGCGCAAAUGAUCUCGAAGCUGAGGGAGAACCAUCAGCACUACAUCCCCAUCAUCGACAUGGCUAUCCCGAAAGCACCUACCAACUCGUCCGACACGUACUACCCGGGCACGCGGGGGGAUGAGCUCGACGUCUUCCUCCACAACCGCAACGGUACCGAGUACAUCGGCGAGGUUUGGCCCGGGUACACGAGUUUUGUCGACCAGCAGGCCAAGAAUGCCGGGCAAUGGUGGACCGAGGCGAUCCGCAACUUUAGCGAGAUUGUCGACUUUUCGGGCAUCUGGCUCGACAUGAACGAGCCGAGCAGUUUCGUGAUCGGCAAUGCGGCGGGUGCAGAGACCAACCUGUCCGAUACCCCCGCCUAUACCGCUGCUACCAGCGUCGCAGGUUGGCCGCAGGGCUACAACAACCUCACAUGGGGCAAGUCGGGCAAUAUCACCCUCAACGGAAGCUACACCUUCCAACAGGGUGCCGUGCAGAACAACGACUCGCCCGCCCAACGACGAUCGCUUCUCCCUACCUUCUCGCGCGAAGAUGGACUGGUGAAACGUCAGACGGACGACAAGUUUGGUCCCAACACACCCGAUUAUCGGUAUGCCAACGCGACGCAGCGCUACCUCUCCAAUCCGCCUUAUGCGAUUCACAACGGCAUCCACAACAGCGAGUCGCCGCUCAACAUCAAUCUGGACCACAAGACGGUUGCUAUGGAUGCUGUCUCCGCUGACGGCCAACUGGCGUUCUACGACGUGCACAAUCUGGAUGGCACUUUGGAAGAACAACACUUCUACAACGCCCUACGCAGCAUCCGGCCCAACGAGCGUCCCUUCCUCAUUUCGCGCUCGACCUACCCCGGUGCCGGCAAAUACACAGGUCAUUGGCUCGGUGACAACUAUGCCCUAUGGACGAUCCUCCCCGGCUCGGAAGCGUACAAGGCAGGCGCGGGGAUGGCCCAAUCCAUCGAUGGCGUGUUGCAGUUCCAGAUCUUUGGCAUCCACCUCAUUGGAGCUGACAUCUGCGGGUUCAAUCGCAACACUGACGAGGAGCUGUGCAAUCGAUGGAUGAUGCUCGGUGCCUUUCUGCCGUUCAUGCGCAACCACAACACCAUUGGGGCCAUCGCACAGGAGCCUUUCCGAUGGGACAGCGUCGCCAACGCUUCGAGGAUCGCGAUCAGAAAGCGAUACGAGAUUUUGCCGAGUUUGUACUCGCACAUGGCGCGAGCGAGUGCCAGUGGCGAACCGGCAGUGCGGGCGGUGUGGUACGAAUUCGACGAGGUCUUUGAACAGACCAAAGACUACGCACACCAGUUUUUGUUCGGAGACGAUCUCCUUGUGAGCCCGACGCUCGAGCCGAACGUGACCAGCAUCAAGGCGCUGUUCCCCUCGGCGGGAGGUAGGUGGAGAAACGUCUUCACGUGGGAAGCCCUCGAUGUGGUGCCGAACAAGAACGUGACGGUCCCCGCAGAGUUGAGCACCAUCAACGUGCAUCUUCGACCAGGUAGGGCGCUGCUCACCCACACCAAACCGGCAUAUACCGUCCACGAAACCGCCCAGAGCCCCUUCGGCCUGGUCGUCAAUCUCAACAACGACGGAUGGGCCAAGCAACACUUUUAUCUCGAUGACGGAAUCACCCCUGCUCCGACGGACAAUUCGACCCUCAUCGUGUGUGCGCAGGACAAGUCCGUCAGUGGAAGCAUGGACGGCGCAUUCAGACCCAACCAGACACUCGAGAAUGUCGUGGUGCUGGACGUGCGGGAGAAGCCAGAGACCGUGAUGGUGGGCGGCGAGAAGGUGCAGUGGAAGUGGGACGGAGGUAGGGAGUUGUUGAAUGUGACUGGGUUGCAGUUGGAUCUGGGUAGCCAGUGGAACGUCUCCUGGUCCUAA